CUUGACGUUUGAACAUGUAGGAAAAUGGAGCUGCUUGUUGUGUUUCUGUUCCUUCUUUACGCAUCUCAGGAUUCUUUGACUGUAAAAGUGGAGGUUUAUAAGGGAGAACAAUCUGUUGUUCUUCCCUGCCAGUACAGCCAAGUAUUAAAAGACAUUCUCACAGUGAAAUGGAGCCGCUAUGAUCUCAACCCCAAUACUGUACAUCAACAACAAGGAGGAGAYGACCUACAUUCACAAAAUCAACUUUUCAAAGGACGAACAUCAAUGACACCUCAUUCUCUAGACUCUGGUGAUUUCAGCCUCACUUUGAAAAAMCCCCAACUUUCUGACAGCGGGAACUAUAUCUGCAGUUUCAUUGAUGAUGAAGGAGAAAAAAAGCUAUCAGACGUUCAGCUCCAUGUCAAAGCCUCUAAGGAUGCUUUGACUGUAAACGUGGAGGUUCAGUGGGCCCAAUUUGUCGUGCUUCCCUGUCGAUAUGAUCAAGUAUUGGAAGAGAUCGUCACAGUGAAAUGGAGCCGCCAUGAUCUUAAUCCCAAMACGGUCCAUCAAAGACGAGAAGGAGACGACCUGCGUGGACAAAAUCAGAUUUUUAAAGGACGGACAUCAAUGAGAGCUGAUGCUCUGGCCUCUGGUGACUUCAGCCUCACUCUGACUGAACCUCCACUCUCUGAUAGUGGGAACUACACCUGCACCAUCAUCAAUGAAGAGGAAGAAAUUAAUCUGACAGAAGUUCAGCUGUMUGUCAAAGUGAAAAUACGUCCUGUGAUGAGUAGUGAUAUGACUGAGGAUGUAGAGGGCAAACAGAGUGGGUCCAAGGACGGAUCCUGGAGGGACUCRGGUGUCUGUAUGGGUCUGAGAUCUCGCUUUCUSAAGGGAAACAAACUCAAUUUGGUCAGAAAGUAA